CACAAAGUAUUUUAGAGAUGCUAGAAAUUUCUUAUUGAUUGAAGUCUUCGUCUUUUAAAUACUUGGCCACCAAGAAAGGCACUUUGUUCAAGACGACGGCUUGUGGCAAAAAUGAUGACGGCAAGGCUUCAAAACUCGACCGCCGCUUGUAAACUGAAAACAUCUCCAUUUUUCUCUUACUCUUCGCUUAACUACCGCUUCUUUUCUUCUUCUUCUUCCUCUCCGUCGCCAACAGGCGUCGCCGUUGAUGAUGACGAUUUGCUGUAUUCAGAUACCACUCUCCUAAAGCCUCCUCUCACAAAUCCCACUCUCCUCCAGCCACGUGUCGUCGUCUACGACGGUGUCUGCCAUCUCUGCCAUGGAGGGGUGAAGUGGGUGAUCAAAGCAGAUAAAUAUAGGAAGAUAAAAUUCUGUUGUGUCCAGUCCAAAGCUGCUGAGCCAUACUUAAGAUUGUGUGGACUUGGCCGACAGCAAGUUCUUCGUAGAUUUCUCUUCAUUGAAGGCCCUGAUUCCUACCAUCAAGCAUCCACUGCUGCACUGAGAGUACUUUCUUAUUUGCCUCUGCCAUACUCUGCCUUAGGCGCGCUCUUGAUAAUUCCGACUCCACUCAGGGAUGCAGUCUAUGAUUAUAUUGCCAAAAGGCGCUAUAAUUGGUUUGGAAAAGCUGGUGAUUGCUUGGUUUUGAACGAGAAGGAGUUGCUUGAACGAUUCAUCGACAGAGAUGAAAUGAUGAAUAGGAGUUGAAUAUAUUAAUACUCUUUUACUUGAAAGAAAUUUUGAAAAUUAUUGGACUGCGCAGUGAUAUUAAAUACUCAAUACAAUGUAGUAAUGUACUCCAUCUUCAACUGGCAGCAGUAUUUAGGUGCCUUCAUUACUUUGUUAAAAGCAAAGUAAAUAAAUACUUGUCCAUUUUAUCACCAUGAAAAUGAAUGAAUAAUGAUUGCUUUUAUCCAA